CCCGUCUCGAAAAUUAUACGCUUUGUUGAUGUGUCUGGGACGGUCGGCCAAGGAGAGUGUCUUUAAAACUUAUUAAAUUAUUGUUAAAAUUUAGCUGCAAUCAGAUUAUUUAUGCUACCGUUAAGCAGACUUCAAUCCUAGUUUUGUCCAUCUCUGUGACCGUUUCUUGUUGAGUCACACCCAAGGACAUUAUGUCUAAGCGGGCGGCAGAAGACCCCGCCGGAGGGGGUGCCACUACUGGCAGUGGAGGUGGAGCUCCGCCACCAAUUAAGAAAGUUCAUUUCGAACCUCACCUGAUUGGACCCAUUUCCACCCUGGAAGAGAUGGACAUCAAAGUGCUCCAGUUCCAGAACAAGAAACUAGCCCAGCGCAUUGAGCAGCGGGUUCGGUGCGAAGCAGAGCUUCGCCAACGGAUCGAGCAGCUCGAGAAACGCCAAACACAGGACGAUGCCGUCCUGAAUGUGGUCAAUCGCUACUGGAAUCAGCUCAAUGAGGACAUCCGAGUGCUGCUGCAGCGGUUCGAUGCGGAGACGGCCGAUGAGUCGGAGAAUAAGAACGAAAACGAGGUUACCACGUCCUUCCUGAUGCAGCUUUCCACCUGGGACAAGGAGGAGCUGGAUGACAAGUUAGCUAAUAGGGUUCAAGUAUCCAAGCGGGCCGUGGCAAAAAUUGUCCAGGUUUUCGAUCGUCUCAUGCAGCGUAACGAGAAAAUAACGCUUGCCAUGAAAGGCGAAUCCGAAGAUCCGGACGCCCAAGUACCGGAUAUUGAUGAAACUCUACGACAGAGCUAUACAGAGGUUAUGGCCGAGAAUCGUAAUUUGCUAACUCAGAACACUUUGCUUCACGAGAAGUUUCAUACAAUUUCGCUAAAAAUGAGCGAAAUUCAGGAUAUGCUGAAUGGUAAGGAUACGGAAUCGGCUGAAUUGAAGAACCAGAUUGAUGAUUUGCAAUAUGAGCUGGAAAAGGUGCGCUGCAGGAAUGACAAAUUGGAGAACCAUUUAGCCGAAGCUAUUGAGAAGUUGAAGGCGUACCAUCAGCUACAUGGUGAUAUUUCAAGUUCGGACAAGGACAAGCAUUCGUCGUCGACAACUAGCAGUGCUAAAGGUGGUUCCAUGACCAGCGUGGCCGCCCAGCAUUUGGAAGAUCUUCAAAAGGAACUCGAGGAAUACAAAGAACUGGCUAAUAAUCGACUCCAGGAACUAGACAAACUUCAUCUGCAACAUCGGGAAGCACUGAAGGAGGUGGAAAAGCUGAAGAUGGACAUUCGCCAGCUGCCGGAAUCAGUGAUCGUAGAGACGACCGAGUACAAGUGCCUCCAGUCGCAAUUUUCCGUGUUGUACAAUGAAUCGAUGCAGAUUAAGACACUGCUGGAUGAGAAUCGUAACCAGCUUCAGACGAGUAAGAAUCAACAUUUACGACAAAUUGAGAUGAUGGAGAGUGAAGAACUGAUCGCCCAGAAGCGUGUCCGCAGCGACAUGAUACAGAUGGAAGAUGUACUAUCGCAGAUCCGCAAAGAGUACGAAAUGUUAAGGAUCGAGUUCGAACAAAAUAUGGCGGCAAAUGAACAGACGGCUCCCAUUAACCGCGAAAUGCGUCAUCUAAUUACGUCACUACAAAAUCAUAAUGGUCAAUUGAAAGGAGAAGUACAGCGAUAUAAGAAAAAGUACAAGGAAGUGUCAGCGGAUAACGCAAAGUUGCGGAAAGAACUGGAGGAAGUGACUUUAAAAUUGACAACACUGCAGGAACAGCAGCAAGCGGAUAUUAAGAAGGAAAGCGAGCAGUCUGCGGCAGCUUCCGGGAUUAAGGAAGAGCCAGGUGCAUGUGAUGGUUUGAGUUCUGUGAAGGAUGAAAAUUCAGACGAUCCUAGCUUAGGCGCCCUUAAAUCGGAAUCUGGCGAAGAAGGCGAUGGUUGCGAUCCAAACGGGGUCAAAAAGGAAGAAAUCGGCCCGGACGGGAAACCGAUUAAGGUGGAAGCACCGGGAACUCCGAAAGGUGAUAAAGAUCAACGGGCGAAAAGUGCAGAGUCGGAUCUGGUAAGGGAUUUGCGCAAUCAAAUCAAAAAGGCACUCAAUGAUCAGAAAGAGAUGAAACUGCUGCUGGACAUGUACAAAGGUGUUUCGAAGGAACAACGAGACAAAGUUCAGCUGAUGGCUUCCGAAAAGAAAAAAGGUGCCGAAAUUGAAGAUUUGAAAAAUCAAAUGAAAAAGCUUCAGGAAAGUAAGCGAGAGGAUCGGAAGAAGCUGGCCGAUGAAGAAGCACUUAGGAAAAUUAAGCAACUCGAGGAGCAGAAGUACGAACUGCAGAAACAGGUUCAAAAUCAAAAGCAGCCAGACAGUGCGUGGAGCGGCGGCUAUAGGCCGUUCGUAGGAUCCCAUGUAGAAGAGGAAGCACUCCUCAACGAGAUGGAAGUGACCGGUCAGGCGUUUGAGGAUAUGCAGGAGCAAAAUUCUCGAUUAAUUCAGCAGUUACGGGAGAAGGACGAUGCCAACUUUAAGCUGAUGUCCGAUCGCAUCAAGGCCAACCAGAUGCACAAGCUGCUACGGGAGGAGAAGCAGGUGCUGGAAGAUCAGGUCACAACGCGCGACAGCCAGAUCGAGGCGAUGCAUGUCGUAUUACGCAAACUGGAGGAGAAGGAACGAAUCCUGCAGAACACGGUGACCACCAUCGAGAAGGAACUGGUCGCCCGCCAGCAGGCGAUGGAGAUGCACAAACGCAAGGCCAUCGAGUCCGCCCAGUCGGCAGCAGAUCUGAAACUUCACCUUGAAAAGUACCACGCUCAAAUGAAGGAAGCUCAGCAGGUGGUCGCGGAGAAGACAAGUUCCCUGGAAGCCGAAGCGUACAAGACUAAGCGGCUGCAGGAGGAACUGGCGCAGUUUAAGCGCAAAGCCGAACGCAUGAAGAAAAUCGAAAUGUCCGGCACUACGAUCGACGAGGUUAUGCUGGAGGAAAUUCGCGAAUACAAGGAAACCCUUACCUGUCCUUCGUGUAAGGUUAAGCGAAAGGAUGCCGUUCUGUCCAAGUGUUUCCAUGUUUUCUGCUACGAUUGCCUGCGAACACGAUACGAAACCCGCCAGCGCAAAUGCCCCAAGUGCAACUGUGCCUUCGGGGCCAAUGAUUAUCAUCGGUUAUAUUUGUCAACGUAAAAAGGUUAGUUUGCAUAAAUGUAUCGCUAACCGAAAACUCCUUAUUAUUUAUGGAUGCAUAGAGAUUUUAGUAUUUUGUUUCUGUUUUUUUUCAAUCAUGUUUUCCAUUUUAUGAUAAUUUCUCUACAAAAGCACGUAGCUAAGUAUUCAUCUAUAUGGAAAAUUGGUAAAAUUAAAAUAGUCUACUCUUUCAAUUGACAAUGUGGGUAUCUCUUUUUUGAGAUACGAUACAACGUUCGAAAUGUUCAAAAAAACCAUGCGUCAUUCGUUAUCGAAUGUGCGCAAAACAGCGUUUAGUCGUCAGUACUGUUUUCAUAGCUAUGGAUGGUAUUAAGCUUUCUUAUCCAUUUUGAGUUAUAGUCCAAUGGAUCCGAUUUGUAGUGUAACUUAGAGACUAUCAAAUUUCCUUGUUAAAAAUAAUAUCCCCUUCGAAGCAUUUCUAAAUAACUGAAACUCAACCCCCGAAAAAUCAAUCACUCAAAAACUAGACUACCCGAAAUGUUUUAUUAUUUUAUAAUCAAAACUGCAUAGAUAAAUAAAUCCAUAAAACGUGAA